UCUAUGCGCCUCCAGGUUCCGGUUUGCCAGCUGUCACCUGGGCCCAGGCGUAGGCCCCACCCCAAAUAGCCUCACGAAGAAACCCCGACCCCGAUCGAAAAUCAGGCGGCAUCUUCAUUUCGUUCCUCUUCCUCUCCUCCGCCCAACUCAACUCGCACCAAUGGCGAAGCCGUUGCUCGAAACCCUAGCAGUGCACCUGCCCAAUGCAGUGACCGCUUCGCUCGCCUCCUCCUCCACCGCCGCCCGCCGCGCGAUCGCCUCCUCGUUGGCCCCCUCCUCCGCCGCGGGGUACGACGUCCUCGAGGUCUACGCGGAGCUGCGCGUCAGCACCGCCUCCGCCGCCCGCCGCGCGGUCAACCACGCCGUCACCUGCGCUGCGUCGAGCGCCUCCCCUGGCUUCCCGCUCCAGAAGCCGUGCGCGUCCGAGUCGGCCAUGCUGGAGGCGCCGCGCCUCCCCUCCACUCUUCCUUUCGUCGUCGCGCUGCACGCGAUCGACUGGGUGCGCGCGGCACUGGGUCCCAACAUCGGGGCCACGGCCGCUCGAGGUGAGGCCGACUACUUCGCCUACCCCUCAUCCACCGCCUCCUCUGUGCUCCUGCUCCCGACCUUCGUCGCCCCGGUACUCCCCACUGCCGCUGCCGCUCGGGCUGCGGCCAACCUUGCUGCCCUCACCACACUCAUACCCGCAUCUUCGUCCUCCCGCAUUGGACUCGUCGUGCCGGACGAAUCGGAGGCGACCAUCGCCGCGGUGCUUCCCGCUUCCUCCACCGCCAUCAGCUUCGUCCUCAAGGGGGGCAGGCGUCGCGCACCUCGCUCCUCCUCUAUGUGGGGCCUUGUCGACACGGCUACUUCCAUGAAACCCUUCCGCUGCUUCGCUCCGAGAUCUGUUGCCAGCAGCGCCUGGCACGUGUUUUACUCCAGUUCAUCCAAUUCAGAGUCCGAGGAGCCUAUCUCAUCCCCACUAUCUUAUCCCACUGUCCGUGAUCUCAUGGCCUUGAUGAAUCGAACUGAACUAGAUAUAGAGGAGGAGAUUCUGUUUAGGAGGGCAUUCAACGACAGAUAUCAGAACUUUCUGAUUGCAGAUGUUGGAGAUUACUUGGAGAACAAGAAGUGGACUUUUGAAGAAUUGCGAUACAUUUUGAAGAUCGUGAAUCGCAAAGCAGGCCCCCAUAAAGAGCUGAUGGAACUCUUGAUUAAAGAAGAUAUGCUAUAUGGCUGCUCAUCUGAAGAUGAAUACAAUCAGAAUCCUGUAUUAGCUCGUGUCGAGUCAAAAGUUGAUACCGCAUUGAAACGGUUGAAGGAACAAGGGGCGGAUAUACGCAGACUCUCUGAUCUCUUGCACAACCAAAAAACUGAUUGGGGUUCAGUGAAGGUGUUUGUUCGUAAGCUGUGUUCUGCUAUCAGAAGGUCGAGCCGGUGGUCAAGGGAUGGUACUCCGGAUGUGGCAAAGACGGCAGCAGUUGAGCCUCCUCACUGAAGGGGUUCGGAGCAAAUGUAGGAAAAAAGCUUUGGGUGCUCUAUGGUGGAGAAGACUUUGACUUCUGUGGUCUCUAUUGCACAUAGUUUCAUAGUAUGUCACGCUGUCGUUCACUUGUUCUGGUAGUUUUUUGGGCACAAUAGCUGGUUUCCGCUGUGGAAUGCCAAGUGUUUC